AUGAACAGUGAAGGCAACGAUCUUGCGAUAGUUGGUUUGUUCAAUUUGGUUGAGGAAAUUAAGAAGAUAACUGGCCUACUAUUUAUUUGUUGGCAAUUAGCAAAGUUCUUCUUAAAUUUUGGUUUGAUUCUUUCACAAGAUCAAAUUUUGAAUGCUAUUGGUAAACCAGUCUUAUCAUUUGUUGUUGCAGAUUUCGAAGAUUCUGAUAUGGAAGAAGUUUAUCCAAACGAACCAGUUUCUUUGAAGGAAGGAGAAAUUUUCAAAUUGUAUGGUAAAAUCAAAAACUCUGGAAAGGAAACAGCUAAGGUUGCUGUAUCUUUCAGAUAUGGUUCAAAGAUUUAUCACAUUCAAGAACUUGAUAUUCCAACAAGUUAA